AUGCGGUUCAAUGCAGUAAUCAUACUUCUUGUGCUUUUCUCUAUCUCCCUAUGUGACCCAGUUUUCAAAGUCGUCCGUGUCAAGGCUGGGGACUCGGCUGUCCUUAAAGUAGAUCUACCUAAAAGUGGGAAAGUCACUACCUGGAAGCGUAUACGGCAGGGAAAAACCGUUAUUGAAGAGCAUGUGAAAUACUGUGAGAAUUCAAAGGAACGUCCCUUAGAAUGUGACUUAUUUGUUGGCAAGGACGGAAAAGUAGUGCCUCCCGAGAGUAUUCCUGUGGUAUUUUUUCCCGAAGAUGGGGAACUUGGAAUUGGACCCGUGAAGACUUCUGAUUUCGGUGUGUACUGGUCACCACAGCUGAACCCGGUGAGCCCCGCGGAAAGGGGAUUGAAUUGGGAUCCGAACGACAUUUGGCUGAUUGUGGAUUGA